GUGCUUCCAGUGGAAGGCGCUAUCUCCGUGAGCCCCUGCGCAACGGGUUGAGGUGGACAGCGAGCGAGUAUCGUAGGAGGUGGCCUGGCUCAUCUCGAAUAAAGUCGGCACGCGCGACCGGCUCGCCUCAUGGAUAAUGAUCAACAAGCGCAUUAAACUCCCGGAGCCCCUGAGCAUGGUUCAACCGAACCAGCGUCCACGCAGAACCGCAUUUCCGAUUCCCUUUGCCAAGGAGUUGAGGAGGUCGCCAUUGAUCUAUCAUCUCAUCGCGCCUGCCAUCGCGCCGGGUAGGCCAGUCCGCUGCAUAUGUCCUCCGUGCCGCUGCCGCCAUCGCGCCGGGUGAUUGCUGUCCGCGCACCCCAUCGCUGUCAGCGCACCUCAUUGCUGUUAGAGUCCGCCGCCUCAUCGCAUUGACACCCGGCGAUCGUUGGCUUCACCGCGCCGGACAAUCGCGCUAGGAGAGGGUUGUUCCCGGAGGCGCUUUCGAGAAGCUGAUCGUUAUAUUCGAUGCCCAAUCGUGCUCAACGUCGCGCGGUGAGGGUUCCCGCCGUCCACGCGCCUCUGGGGGCUAGUGAGGGUCCGCCAUGCGUACGCUCCAAAAACUAAAGGAUCAGAUCUUAGAAGCGUUCGACGAGGAAGGAAGUGGGACGAGGCACCGACGACGAGGACAGGAACAAACAGGAGCGACGGCGGGCACUGACAGUCAGACAGUGGCACGAAUGGGCGGGAC